AAGAAGCCCUGAGGCAAACCUGCGCCGUUUCUACAUUAGUGGUCUUCGCUGUCUUUAGAUGUUUGUCUCUCUCCCCCCCUCUUUUUCCUAGCAGUCGGAAGCGAGAGCUGUACGUGAACUUGGUUGUGAGCGGUGGAUCCACCGGCGAUAUCAGGGGCCGCCAAAAUGUAAAUUGCUUUAAUUUAUUUUUUUAAAUUGUUCCUUAAUAAUUGCCUAGGUAAUUCAAAAUUUUAAUGAAUGAUAAUGCUUUUCUAAAUUAAAUCUAACAAGCAAUGGAAAACGUGAUAGUUAAUUAGUUUGUUUUCCUCCACGUGCACAUUUUUUUCCCCACGUGCACUUUUUUUUUUAAUUCUCUCUACUCCCGAAAACUAGUGUAUACUUGGUUUAGUGAAGAAGUUGUGUGGAAAAUUUAUCUGAAGUUAUAUACGAUGUAUCGUCAGGCCAUUCUGCAAAUUCUCCCUAAAUGGCAUUUUUGGAACAACAGAGUAUGUUUUUCGCAUGUGAGACUUAAGGAGAACUUUCAGAAAGUCUUAGAAGUUAUCAAGGAAAACAACAGAGCCCAAAAAUUCUGUGGUAUUCUCAUAAACGCUAAAGAAGUCGCUCAAGAAUCUGAUUAUAUCUCUCUUCACCCUCCCGUAGAAAUUUCCCUAAACAAGGAUGAGUUAGAAGCUCAUUCAAUUAUCUGCGAGCUAAAAGAAAUCAUUCAUAAAGAUAAGCCUGAAUAUAUUCUAAUUGAUACAAUCUUAAAGGCGCUUAGAAAUAGCUCUAAUGAAACACGUCAGCAGCUUAUUUCACUUCUUUUUAGUAUUGAUACGGUUAAUUUCUUAAAUCCCAAGAGCCAGAGUUCAAAAGAAUACUUAAAAUCUUUUAUAAGUGAUGUUGAAUGCUUUUUUAAAAAUGCAAAUGAGAUAAAUCCUGAUAGGAUUUUAGAUACCCAAGGAGCUUUCAAAAUGGUUGAAGAUAGAUUAUUUGAUCAUUUUGGGGACACUGAGUCAGAUGAUGGAUCACUCUUUAUUCAGCAUUCAAUCUCUUAUCUACAUUCCAUAGUGUCCAGUGUAAUUUUUGACGAAGGUAAUCACUCCGAUGAUUAUAAUAGAGAAAUCGAAGCUUUAAUGUCUGAUGCUGUUUCACUAAUUUCAACUAGGUUGUUUCUACUGCACAGUGCCUCAAAAUCUAUUAUAGAGAAAUGUUUAUUGGCACGAAGAUCUUCACUAGCUAUUGACAGAGAUGAUUAUAUUUGCGAACAGUUUUAUUUGCAGCAGUUUAGAUAUUGCUACUAUUUUUUGGACAAGGUGCCUUUUUAUUAUAUGUCAAGAAAAGAGAGACUCCUGCAGCACUUGAAAGACACCAAGAGUAGUAACAAUGCCUGGGAGUUUUGUGAAUUGCUUAGAUGUAUAAAUAGACCUAAUUCGGAUACUGAUGCGGAUAAAAUAUAUUUAAAUAAUGUUUUAAUUUCGCAUUAUCUUACAAACAGAAAUCAUACUGAAAAAUUUGAUUCGGAUACUGAUACGAAUAAAAUAUAUUUAAAUAAUGUUUUAAUUUUGCAUCGUCUUAAAAACCUAUUUCCUACUGAAAAAUUUGAUUUGGAUACUGUUACGAAUAAAAAAUCUUUAAUUAGUGAUUUAAUUAUGAAUCGUCUUAAGGACAUAAUUCAUACUGAAAAACCUGAAUAUAACAUAAAUAAAUUUAUCUUGAUGUCCCUAAUGAAUAGAACUCAUGUUUUAAAAGAAGUAAGUGAGUUUAUAUCUCGAUUUCUUUCGGGUAUUGAUAACUUUGACUGUGGGAAACAGAAUUCAGAAGAAUAUUUAAUGCAUUUCAUACAAGAAUUCGAACGUCUUAUUAAUUUGUAUGGUUAUAGUGUUGAUUAUUUUCAUAGUAUUAAUACGUAUGACAGAAACAACAUAAAUGCUUUAAAAAAAAUUUCUACUACUUUAAUGGAGAUUACAAGGAGAUGUACAGCAGACCUUCUAAGAGCUUUACGCCAUGAAUACCAAUUGCAUUUCGUCGACGAAGAGAAGAAAAAAAUUGGAUUUUUGAUGGUAGAGGCUAUUGCACCUAUUGAAAAAAUUGUGUGUAGAACCGAUUGUAUUCAAACGUACGGCAAGAUAAAAAGUUUUUUUUUGUUACGAAGAUCCUCUCUUCAGUAUUUCAGAGAUUUUUUUGAUUCAUUUCCUGUUGAUGAAACUCCAUUAAAACGUUUUGAUAUGAACAGAAUAGAUUUGUGCAUCGAGGAAUUAGAUAGGAAUAUUGAUGAUAUGUGUAAAAUUGCUGAAUAUUGUGCUUAUCUGGAGGAUGAGGAAGAUGAGGAUGGGGAGGGUUAUUUCAGUGAUUACGAGGAACACGAUGACCUCAAAAAGGAUGGCGCAUCUACAAUGCCUGAAUCACAUGUGUGGUGGGCUAAGUGUUCUCAAACCCUAAAUCGUUUAAGGAUUAAUCAAUUUCUUAAUCAACUUUGUUAUUUCUCUUGAGCUGUAAUAUGACAUUCUAAUAAAAAGAAAUUUCUGUAUGUAACAGUA